AUGAAUAAAAACCCUCUAAGUUCUGCUACCUCCACGUCGGCUGCGCUGAGCUCUACUUCAACCUCCACUUCUAGCACAACAGCAGAGACCCCGGUUCACACACCCAAUACCGAUGUUUCACCCUGCCAAGCCCCUGGCUGUCCGUCGUUUCCUGGCGGAGCGGUUGCCGCUGGCUUUUUCCCUGGAUUAAUUGCUGGCCUUCUAUUGGGGCUUGCAUUCUAUUUCUUGCAAAAGCGUCGAGCGAACCGAACACCAGCCGCCUCAUCCAAACCUGGCCCCUUUAGACAAAGGUCGGACGAUAAUAUGAUCCUCCAUAUAUCAGAUCCCAUACCCUCUAGUGCGCAAGGCUCCAUCCGCACUGACUUUCUUCGUCAUCAAGGAAGCUCAGAGAAUAGCCCUAAAAGCCGAUCAAUUAGGGCGCGUGCGAGUACGCGAGUAAAAAGUUUAUUUGCUCCUAAAUUGACUAUCACUGUCCCGGAUGCGUCAACUAUGCCUAUCACUCCUCCACAACAAAUAUACCCACGUACCCAACAAACCAUGGAAAGUAUACGGGUUUACAGUCCAAUUCAACUGAACGAAGGGACUGCCCGACCAAGUCGGAAUAUCAAUGAAACUAAUUUCCGCCCGCCUACUACUUUCAGCCAGAUGAUGGAAAGGGUCGGCUUCCAGAAUCCGCGAGGAAGCCCACGUUAUCAGGUCGGUGAACCCGAGCAACAACAAGCACAAAAACGAUUUUACCAAAAUGAACAUACGCUUCGGCCCGGGAUAUAA